UGGCAGUCCGCAUCAAAUCCUGUUAAUUCGCAACGCCAUGUUUCGUCGUUUUGGUAUUGGCCCUCGCAGCCUCCGCACACGGCGCCGGUCUGACCGAUCGUAUCAUCGCCGGACUUCCAGCGGAUGAAGGAGAAUAUCCUUACACCGUUUCGCUCAGAAGUUACAACAGACACUUCUGCGGAGGUUCGAUCGUCAGCAAUCGGUGGAUAAUGACCGCUGCCCACUGCUUAUCCGGGAUCCAGCCGUCCCAGAUCACCGUGGUCGCUGGUACGAACAGACUUGACUCUGGCGGUGAAUUCUACCAGGCCAUUAGAACCGUAAUCAAUCCCAACUGGAACUCUGUACUCACCCGUAACGAUAUCGCAUUAAUCGAAGUCAGCCAAGACAUAGUUUUCGGAGAUAAAGUUCAGCCGAUCGCUCUGCCCACCGAAGAUUUCAACGAGGUCGGUUACUGGGCCGAGUUGAGCGGAUGGGGAAGCGUUAGACUGAUUCCGCCAGUAGCGAAGAACGAGCUCCAAUACGCUUUCCUGCCAAUCAUGGACCAGGCAGAGUGUUUGAGUAGAAGCAUCAAGAUAACGAAUUCCAACAUCUGCACGUCCACACGGACUGGACAAGGCGCUUGCUACGGAGACUCCGGCAACCCUCUCGUCGCCGAAGGCGUUCAAAUCGGCAUCGUUUCCUGGGGAAGUCCUCUUUGCGCCAUUGGUCAACCUGACGUCCAUACUCGCGUCUGGAGCUUCGUGGAUUGGAUCAACGAAACCAUAAACUAAUAAAACUUGGGGGAAUCCGAAUACCGAGUGGUGUAAAAGCACCAAGAGCUGCUGGCUAACUGUCACGUUGCAUUAAAGAAAUCUUCAAAAUAA